AUGUUUUAUUCACCAAUUCCAUUCCAGUYAAAAUGUCUGAUGACGAGCAACAGGAAGUGUCAGCYACUCCCGACUAUGGYGAGUCUGACCAAGUAGCCAAGCCYCAAGGAGACCGCUGUCCAAGGUGUGGGGACAGGGCGUAUCAUGCCGAAUCCAUCGCCAUGGAAGGAAUGAAAUUUCACAAGAGAUGUUUUUCAUGCAGACGAUGCAAGAAAAAGCUAGACAGCACCAAUGCUUGCUCUCACGAGAGAGAGGUCUACUGCAAAGGCUGCCACACAGUAGAAUUUGGAAUCAAAGGGUACGGUUAUGGCUUGGGUGCAGGUGCCCUGACAAGGACGCAACCAAUCAUGGCCGAUCGUUGUCCUCGCUGUAAUGACAGAGCAUAUCAUGCCGAAUCUGUACAAGCUGCUGGCAAGAAUUGGCAUAAAAGGUGCUUCUCUUGCAAAGACUGCAAUAAAAAGCUUGACAGCACAACUUGCGCUAAUCAUGAAGACGAAAUAUACUGUAAGACCUGCCAUGGGAAAAACUUUGGACCGAAAGGUUAUGGCUUUGGUGGCGGCGCUGGUGCACUGACAAGAACYCAAUAGAAGCUUAUGGUUAAAAGAUAGAAGAAUUYAACAAUUCUUGCAGCCGAUUGAUUUAUAAACAAAAAUUUGUAGAAAAUACAUUUUAUUUACAAAUUGUAGACUCGCGCGUUACCAAAAGUUUCCGAAUAAAGUACUUUAGUUUAAACUAC